GAACCCUCCAGAGACUAAACAAUAUGUCGGACAAAAAAAGGAAGCGCGCCGAAGACGGCUCGUCUCAAAAGAAAUCUAAGAAGGCUGCUGUCGACGAUGCGGCAUCGUCCUCCGCACUGCCGCAAAACAUCAAAGUCUCCUCGCUGGUGAGGCCAAAGCUUUCCCCGCCCGUGAUAGCCACGGCACCUGGACUAUCUGUAUCACCUUCGGUUCAAUUCAACCCAUACACCAAACUACGUAAGGCAUCAAGUAAAAGCCGAAAUGGCCCUGUUCUUGGCGAUAUACUCCUGCACUCGUCUAGCCACAGGUCGCUAGACUACACCGCUCGUGAGGAGCAAUCACAAAAUGGAGAGGGCUUUUUGCGCCACUACAUUGGUGUGUUUGACCCGAAAACGGGCGAGCUGGAAGUGGUCGAGGCUCGAAAGGUCACGAUUAGGGGCUCGGUGCGUUCUCAAGAGGCGCCUGCUGAGGCCAUGUCUGCAAUCGAAGAAAAGACAAACAUGGACAUGAGGACAGACUUAGGGCAGGCCUUUGGAACCAAGAAGGCCAAGAAAGCCCUUGUCUCCAGGGUCGAGAACGCCAUCACUGCUGCCAACAACGCCUCAAGUCGGGACUCUGGUGCCGGCGAAGCUGCAUUGAUGGCAACCAUAAAAGCGGCGGCGGCAAACAUGCCAACGAGGGACGAACUGCAGGCUGCGGUUGACGGUGCCAAACCGGUGCCCAAGGGCAACUACGACGCCACUGAGAUCCAGGAUGUGUACGAUCCUGAUCAGAUUAUUGGCCCCGACGUGCUCAGCGCCAUCCCAGUUAGAGACUGGCAGACAGCCAACAAAAACGAUGAAAAUGUGCAGCUCAGCUCCCGCUAUGUGGCUAACCGUCUGCGUCGGGUGGGAGAGCAUGCCGAAUCGCUGAAGAGGUUGAGGAUACUGCGAUACCUUUACUUUCUCAUGACUUUCAUCAAGAUAGCCAAGCCUGGAAAGGGUGGUGUGCGGAAGCUUCCACCACGUGAUAAGCUUAGAGAGGCAUUAAGUCCAGCUCCAGAUGUGGUGCUGGAUAGCCUUCGACACAAGUUUGCAGAUGGAAGCCAGAUGCGCAAGGUCCAUGCAGACUUAAUUAUGACGACAUGUUGCGUGCUUGCAAGCAUCAUUGACAGCUUUGAAGUGGACACAUUUGAUCUAAGGGAGGACCUGCAGUUGGAACAGAAGCAACUGAACUCGUACUUUGCCGAGAUUGGAGCUCGGACGAAGCCGGUGGUCAACGGCGACAAGAAGACGACGAUUGCUAAGCUAGCACUGCCUCUACAAUUUCCCAAGGUCAGCAUGGGUCGGAGGAAAUAAGAAAUGAGACUGUGGUAGUGAAUAAACACUGGCAAUUGCUAUGGGUGCACUGUCAUGUUGGUAAAUGCACUUUUGGAACAACUUGUGCUUUUUCAUUGUGGGUUAUAGAGCAUAGCGAGCGGGCCACCUUCAAAAGGUUCAAGAUGGCAAUAAGAUUCAACCAAGCAAAUCGGGCUAAAAUGAAAGUUGUGUAUGUUUGUGUGUCUCUUGAAGCAGACCUGGAAUUGGAAUUGCUUCCUCGGCGCAAAGCUUGGCUACGAACUGUUUUGUGGCUUUAUUGGCGGCUCCACGACACCGUUUCGAGAUAUGUUAGGUAUAAUCUGUGGACCGGAUGGUU